CUCUCUCUCUCUCUCUCUCUCUCGUUAUUCUUAUCCGGUCACUUUCGUGAUCAAGAAACCCAUAUCACGACAGAACCAUGGAUGUCUCUAAUGGAUAUUGUCCGAUAUGAAUCUCCCCCUGCUUUGUCAGUAUAUGUAAUCCCUUCGAGUUUCGCAAAAACGAGAUAAUGUUUCUGUACAUAUAACCGAGAUGGUUUUCUCGAAAAGUUGCAAAAACGAAGAGAAUCUCAUGUUCGAGCUUGAGGUUUUUGCAGAAUUUGACUGUAAAAGUUGACAUUUUAGGGGCAUUUGAGUGGUGGGUUUCUGUCCAAUUAGAGAAGAUGGUUAGUGGAAUGUUGGAGAUGGCUGCGGGUAGCAAACCCAGAAAUUUGCUUGAAGAUCUGGUAAGAGAAGGAUCAUUCAAAUGGUUGCUUGGCAAGCGGUGCUCUUUCAAUGAAGAAUUUGAAGAGAUGGGAAGGUCUCCAUCUGCUCAGAGGAAUUGGAUACAGGAGCUUUCUCCUGUUGCAAAUCUGGUCGUUCGUAGAUGCUCAAAAGUCCUUGGUGUUCCUUCAAGUGAGCUUCAAGAAUGCUUCAAUGCAGAGGCUGCUGACUUUGUAAAGCAUCCAUCAAGGUAUGCAAGGAACUUUUUGGAAUACUGCAGUUUCAGGACACUAUCUUUGUCAAUACAAGUAACCGGUCAUCUAGCCGAUAAAAAGUUUCGACGCCUAACAUAUGACAUGAUGCUAGCUUGGGAGGCUCCAGCAGCUGCGAGCCAACCUUUACUAAAUGUCAAUGAGGAUAUAUCCGUGGGGGGAGAGGCCUUCUCACGAAUAGCUUCAGCAGUCCCUAUUAUUGCAAACGUAAUCAUCAGUGAAAAUCUAUUUGAAGUGCUUACCAAAUCAACUGGUGGUCGGCUUCAGUUUUCUAUCUAUGACAAGUAUUUAAGUGGACUAGAAAGAGCUAUUAAAAAAAUGAAAAACCAAUCAGAAUCGUCUCUUCUUUCUGCUGUUCGAUCAGCAAGAGGAGAAAAGAUUCUGGAAGUAGAUGGAACAGUCACCACCCAACCUGUUCUUGAACAUGUAGGAAUGUCUACCUGGCCUGGUCGGUUAGUUCUGACAGACCAUGCACUUUACUUUGAAGCUCUCCAUAUUAUGUCCUAUAACAAGGCAAAAAGAUAUGAUUUAGCAGAUGAUCUGAAACAAGUUGUUAAACCUGAGAUGACUGGACCAUGGGGCACCCGACUUUUUGACAAGGCAGUGUUGUAUAAGUCAGUUUCCUUAUCAGAAUCGGUUGUAUUUGAGUUUCCUGAACUUAAAGGGCAUACUCGCCGUGAUUAUUGGCUAGGAAUUAUCCGAGAGAUUUUAUAUGUUCAUAGAUUUAUAAAUAAGUACCAGAUCAAGGGAGUUGAACGGGAAGAAGCACUUUCAAAGGCUGUACUUGGUAUUCUACGAAUACAAGCCGUCCAGGAUAUUGGUUUAGCUAUUCCUCUACAGUGUGAGACCCUUCUUGUGUUCAAUCUCUGCGACCAACUUCCAGGUGGAGACCUGAUCCUGGAAAGUUUUGCAAAUAUGUCAACCCUCAGAGAGUUGGACCAGACUAACAAUUCUAAGGCUGGUGGUGGAAUGUAUUCGGUCUCUGCCUUGGAUGUGGUUUCUAACUUGGGGUUUGUGUUUGGAACAAGUUCAAAUAACCCUACUGAGGCUGGGCUUGUUGUGGGUGAGAUAGCUGUGGGAGAGACGAGUUCUUUGGAAAGAGCAGUUAGGGAAUCUAAAAAUAAUUAUGAAAAAGUGGUGCUAGCACAAACAACAAUUGACGGAGUUAAAGUGGAUGGCAUUGACACUAAGUUGGCACUGAUGAAGGAGUUACUCUCUCCGAUGAGGGAACUCGGGAAAUGCCUUCUGUCUCUGGUAAUUUGGGAUGAUCCUGUGAAGUCUUCGGUAUUCUGUAUAGUUUUCAGUUAUAUCAUUUGCAGGGCAUGGCUAGGUUACACCUUUGCUCUGAUGUUCAUCUUUGUUGCGGUUUUCAUGGUACUCACACAAUUUUGUGGCCAAGGAAUGCCUAUUGAUGAAGUUAAGGUGAUAGCUCCUCCUGGAACAAAUACAAUGGAGCAGCUUUUGGCUGUUCAAAAUGCAAUUUCUCAAACUGAAGGGCUCAUCCAGGAUGGUAACAUUGUUCUUCUCAAAAUACGGGCCUUGCUGCUGUGCAUUUCCCCUCAGGCAAGCAAAAAACUUUCUGUUGCUCUUUUGACAACGGCCUUGAUUCUGGCCUUCAUACCUAGUAAGUACAUAGUUCUUUUGAUUUUCGUGGAAACUUUUACAAGAUAUUCACCACCGAGGACGUCAAGCACGGAGAGAUGGACGAGGAGGUUGAGAGAAUGGUGGUUCAGCAUACCAGCAGCUCCUGUUGUCCUUGAAAGAGAAAAAGAGGAGAAAAAGAGGAAGUGAUGCUGUAAUUUUGAGGGCUUUUGUUUCUGCAAUAAGUGUACAUAUGUUUCCGGAAUGGUUUUUUUUUUCCCGAUUUGCGGAUGCAAAUUAUGAUCGUAAAUAUCAAGCAAUGAACAAAGAAACACAAUCGACCUGAAAGAUGUAAUGGCUUCAUGGAUAGAGAAAGAUCUGCGGCAAUCGUUCAUGAUUUAUUUUUUCCUGAAUAAGCUGGCAUAACAUAAUCCUGCACACCUCAGCUUCUUCCCUCUCGUGUAUGAACAUGGCUAAUGUAACGCAUUCCAGGUGAUUUUCCAGAUUAACGGCUUCAAACGGUCAUGGAUAUGGGCUAACCAGAGUAGCUUCCAUUCAUUUAAUUGAGAGGUCUGUGAUUCUUGAAUCGAUGAUGUUAAUCUAGCAUAUAGGCUGAUUUGAAGGAGAAUUCCCCAUUCUUCUUUUAGGGUUCAUAUCAGCUCAUUCGCAUUAGCGAUCUGGGGUAUGUGGAUACUGAGGAUGUUGUACGCCGAUUAUUGAUCAAAUGCGUGUCUUUAUCUUUUGUUAA